GUACUUCAGGAGGUCACAGGAUAAAGACAGAGUAUCCCCGAGUGAUUCCUACUUCUUUAUCCCCGGACUUCCCGCUCAACGUGCAAUAGCAACCGGGCGUUUCUCCUAUUGCGGCAUGCUAUUAAAGAUCUACGCACGACGGCGUUCACUGUCCACACGAACCCUUGAUGAAUAAUCGCACGUUCGUAUCCGCACAGCAGUUGGCUCUGUCAAAUUCGGCUGGUGCUGAACACAUUCGCGUGUAUCGCCGUGGUCCGGCGCUUUCCGUUCACACUCCACGGCCUCUUUUGGCGCGAACACUGCCGAAUGCGGAAGGUAUAGUAGGAAGCGGGAGAAACGUUCGUGUCGUAAACCCCAGCGAUGCUCCGCUGAUGUGUCCGAACGUGUCUCGAUGGUAACUUACUCUCUGUCUGGCUGACUCUGACGCACGGAAUUGGCGUAGACGCUGAUCCGUUGAAAUCAUGAAACCGCAUCGUCGUAGUCAUCCUCUUCUCAACCUCCCUUUAGACUUUGCCUUCGUCUCCUCAUAUCUGCUAUGUUUCCACCUAUACCUCAAUUGACCUUCCUCGCGAACCAAGCUCUCUUACUGGCCGCACUGCCAUCGCAGGAGCGAUUGACGAAAUGGUCACAUAGUCGCUUCUAUGACGUGCAGGCCCAUCGAGGAGGGAGAGGGAACACUGUUGAGAACACUUUACCGAGUUUCGCAUGGGGUCUGAUAGAUGGUUCUACGACCCUUGAGUUAGACAAUGGUAUCACCAAAGAUGGCGUUGUAGUAGUUUGGCAUGAUGAAAAUAUCACGCCUCAGAAAUGCAUGGAUACUGCACCUGCUUUUCCGGAUGAUCCGGACUACCCAUACGUUGGCAAGUUCAUUGCUAAUCUGACAUUCGCCCAACUUCGAACCCUGGACUGCGGAUCGAAACGACAAGACAACUACCCCAUGCAACUCACAUAUCCUGGAACAAGAAUAUCGACGAUGCAAGAAUUGUUCAACUUCGUGUCAUGUGCCGACCCAGAUCACCAGAUUCUAUGGAAUAUAGAAUCUAAGAUCAAUGCGCAACACCCCAAUCAGACGCUUGGCGUACACGAUUUCAUUCAGAGGCAGUAUGAGGUCUUCGCAGCUAGCCCGUACUACUCUUCCAUCACUUAUCAAAGUUUCGACUGGAGGACGCUGAUCGCUAUGAAGAACUUAAACCCACGUAUGGUUACGUCUGCUCUCAUCGAUGACGAAACUGCCACCGUUUCGGAUAACACUACAACACCUUGGCUUGCUGGAUUGCGAUUGGAUGCAUUCCCUGGGCCGUCCUUCGAAGAACAAGUUGCGCAGGCUGCGCAUUACAUCGGUGCAGAUAUUCUGUCUCCAGCUGCAGUAUCUUCGGAAGGCGCGGUCGACCCUGCCUUCACUGACUUCAUACCCUUUACGACAAAGCCGAUGGUUGAAGAAGCACAUCGGUUAGGACUACAAGUCAAGCCAUUCACUGUCAAUCGUAUGAAUGUCGCGGAAAAGCUCUUGCAAUGGCGUGUUGACGGGAUAAUCACUGACUAUCCCAAUGUGGUCCGGCGAAUAGUGAAGCAGCUCAAUCUACUAGCUGCGCCCAAGUAUCCAAAGCAAAGGGUUCUAAGUUGCUUGGAUGAGCAUUUGUUGAAGCAGCGCGAAGAAUAACUAUCAUAAUAUUAACUCCCGUGGACCUAUACCUACCUAGAGAUUUAUAUCCUUAUUACUGUACAAUAUGAGCUUGUUUUCAAUAUCUCG